CGGCGGUGGCGGCGGAGACCGCAGCAGCUGCGGGGCUGUCAGUUAGGCCGUCGGAGAAAUGGGAGACCCGGGGUCGGAGAUAAUAGAAUCUGUCCCUCCAGCUGGGCCCGAGGCAUCUGAGUCAACAGCGGAUGAAAAUGAAGAUGACAUUCAGUUUGUUAGUGAAGGACCAUUAAGACCUGUUCUUGAAUACAUUGAUCUGAUCAGCAGUGAUGAUGAAGAGCCUAGCACCUCCCAUAGUGAUAGAAUGCCUGAGUCUAAGGUGCCAUCCUCUGAGAAUCAUCGCCCAGAAAUGUGCUCUAGCUGCAGUGUUCCUCUUCCCAUUGGAGACAGCAGCUCCUCCUCUGGGAGUUGCACCAGCAGUCCACAAAGGAUAGUUUCUCAACCUUCUUCUGUUGAGAACCCAUUGGAGAACCAGAAAAAUGACCAAAAUAAUUCAGAUAUUAAGAUUUCUGAGACAGAGACACUUAAGCCAUCACAAAAUUAUCAGACUCUGCCUUCAUCUCCAGUUCUGGUCCCCCAAGAAUCUUUGGCCUCUUCCGAGGUCAAGGAGGAUUUACCUGUAGAGUCUUCUGCAGCUUCACAGCAUGGACAGGACGCCAUCCUUUAUCUUCAGACACAGGUGGCUGAGAUGUCCCGAGUGAUACGUGAUCUGCAGUCUAGGAGCUGUUUUAGAUUUCAUCAUUCUAGGCCAAGUGAGAACUCUUCAGUUCCAUGGGACAUCUCCACCUCCAAGGAUGAGAAUUUAUCUACAGUUGAUGAAGAAGCUGACUGCAAGUCCCCCUCAGCUGAUGACAAAGGACAGCCAACUGACCCCAGUCAGUCUAGUUUCACAGGUCUUUUGAAAAGAAUGGAACAAAGAGGUGUUAUAAAGAGAGUAACGUUACAGUCUGAAGCAGAAUCGUGUGAAGGGAAACCUGAUUAUGUGACCUCUAAGAAACGUUUGGUUCCUCCAUUGCAUCCUCUUCUGAGAAUUGCCACCACUGAGGUUUUUAAAGACCCUGCUGAUUGCCAUCCUUCUUCCUUCAUGGGGCACAGGGUAUAUCCUGUGGCCAAGGAUACCUCUCCUUUCCAACCAAAUCCACCAGCCGAGGGCCCUAUUGUAGAAGCAUUAGAGCACAGCAAAAGAGGAAGCACAACAUCUCCUCUAGAUUCUACCUCAAAAGAAAUGGAGGUCAUGGGUUGUAGAUUCUACCAUGCUGCUUCCAUUGCAGCCCGAGCUGCUAGCUACAUGGCCUAUAUGACUCAGUAUCAGCGUAAACUCUGGGAAGACAUGGAGGAUCUGGUUCACGACCCAGAGUUUGAUCGUGGAAAAGCAAGAUGUAUAAUAUCGGAUGGUAUGGAUGCUGGCCUUUGGCAGCUUUGUACUACUAGGGACAUAAUGGAUUCUGUAGUCAGAGUUAUGGCAAUGGCGAUAGACUACAGAAGACAAGCAUGGCUUCGACUUACAUCUCUCACUAAGAAAACCCAGGAGAAGAUCUCGCACUUGCCCUUUGAUGGUACUUCCCUCUUUGGACAAGAUGUAAAUGCUGUUGUUGCAGAAGAAAACAGUAUAAAAGAAAAUGAUUAUAGAGACCACAACAAAUACUAUAACCAACAUCGAUACUUUUAUAGUCAUGAUCAGAAAGCACAUUAUCACAAUAGAGGAUAUUCCAAAGGAGAUUGGUAUAAACCUCGAAACCACCCCUAUAGACAUAGAAAAAAGGGAGACUCUCCAGAACGUCAUGGGUACAAGAAUUAAUAACCUGUUUGCAUUCAGCAGUGUAGUCAUCCAACUAUUUUACUUAUUCCUCCCCACUCAAACAGGAUCUACAGGUAGGAGGUCACCUCAGAAACUAAAUAUAUGUCUGGAAUUAUCACAGCUAACAUUUAAUUCUAGACUUUUGAAAUAGAGACUCAUCUCUUAUUGACCAAGUAACAGUAGAGGCUUUCAUCUAAGUAGGGUUGGACAAACGUUUACUCAUUAUUUCUGGCCCAAAAUAAGUUUGGAGGAAGGUACUCAGGAAUCUGAAUCCUCUUGUGCUUAAAAAAAUAGAAAUGAUCGGUUCCUCAGGAAAAAUCUUAUUGAUAAACUGAGGACUAGCAGAUUUGGGGUCUGGAAGUAACUUGCUACUAGAUCUCUGUUCACUAAUGCCAGAGGCAGAUCCUUCAUUUUUUAUGUCAUCAGUGCUUCCUUGUUCAGGCUUCAGCUUAUCAGAUCUUCACAAAAUUACAAAUCUUCGUUGUACUCUGUUUAUGUCAGGACCAUAUGACUCCUCAAGAGUCCAUACUAUUCUUCAAGCUCUCUGAGACUUCAGAAUCAACCAUGCAACUCUAUGUGAAGAACUGGAAUACAAAUCAAAUUUUGCCAAAUCCAGUUUGCUUCCAGUGGGAUGGCUAGAUGUUACAGGUCUGCUGUGGACACCAGCUGGAAAACGACUUUCCUACUUGUAACAUCUCUAGAAAUUUUCACAGUAACAAUCUUUAUGGAGACUGAUGGCUACAUGUCAUUACCACUCAAAGCUACAUGUGAGAGAAUUCUUUGUUAUCAUCAUGGCCUAAGUCUUUGACCUGUCAAGCUCUCAGAUAUAAACAAACUGUGAGACCCAUCAUGGUGUUCUCUCAGGAUAUUCUAGGCCUUUCACCAGGAUGACCUUCUUAAACCUACCUUCUAAACAGCUUUUUUGAGCUUGAUAAUUUCAUCACUCUAAACACAAAAAAGAUAUGUGCAUUAGUGCUCUGGAAAUGAAGGAUGUUCUACCAUCCAGGCAUGCAAAUCUGAACUCUUACAGGAGAAUUCCAUACAUGCCUGACAAUCUGGUCCUCUUACUGUAAUAAAGAGGGAUGCCAUCAAACUAGAUGAUCUUGAGAAUCCUUAAGUGUUAGAGUAUAACUAUGGAUGUAGUAAAGAGAACAUCGCCCACAGUUUUGUUUCUGGAUAUCUGUUUAAAUGAUAAUAUCCAUUAAUGAUUUCUUAAAAGUCUGAAAUCAAGACUUCGAUGACAUAUUCUUGGUUUAUUGGUUGCUUAUUCUAGUCAGACUGUUAAUCACAGAGAGGACUUAUCUUUUUGCUCCAAGUUGGUUCCAUUAAUAGUUCUUCAUGAUUCUGGAACUGGCAGCAGAUACCUCAAUUGUAUGUCCCACAGUAUCUUUUUAAUCUCAAGGCAGUGGCUGUACAGUAUACCACCCUUAGAUCCUCAUUUUCACAGCAUGACUUCAAAAAUGGAAAAAAGUGUCAAAUUUGAGGGGUCAGAAUACAUCACCUAGUAGUAUUUGCUUGGCAGCCAAAAAUUUUUUAUCAACGGACUUAACACUUUGUAACUUCUUAGUUUGUAAAACUUCUGCGUUUUUUUCAUCUGCUUGAUCAGAAUAUUUUGGGUUUACUAUUAGUGGAAUAUAACUUUUAGGGUUCAUGUGGUUUCUAUUUCUGGCCAUAGUUCUUGCACAGUGGUGAUUUACAUUUUCCCUAGUUCCCCACUUUUUAAUAGUUGGAGUUCAUUCCCCUUCUAUUGCAACUAUAUUCAUACCCUUUUUAUUACUUUUCUUCUUCUCUCUGGUGAAGAUGCAACAGAGGUUGCAGAUAUAAACAUCCCUACUUAGAAGAAGUUAUUUUAUUUUGUCAGAUAAUUUCAGAGUACUUUAUUGGUCCUAUUUGUAGAUUAAGCUUAAACAAAACAACACACUUGAUAGCGGAGAUGAUCUUGCAGAUUUGGUCAAGUCAUAUCUAGAGUUAACAUUUACCUACCUGAAAAGACACAAGGGCCUAAGAAAUCUUAAUGAUUUUUAUAGUUUGAUACAUGUCACAUCAGUUCGGCAGUUCUGUGCCCUUGACCUGGCACUACAUAGCUUUUUUGAAAGGACUAGUCACAGGUGAACUCCAUGGAGAGAGAGACCUUGGAACUGUUCUGUAUGGCUACCCGUAGUUCCCAGUUAGUGAAGGCUACUUUAAACUCCUCCCACUUGUCUAUUUCUCCCCUUUCCUUCCCUGAAUCAGAUCAUGGGGCUACAAAUUUGAUGAUUUUUGAAGUCCUCUUAUUUUGAAAAUCCAAACCAAAAAAGAUGAUAGGUGAAGAUGAAAUUCUCUGAAACUGCUUUGGCACUUCGACUUAGCGUGUGCCUCCUUUUAAAUUUUUGUUUUCAAUUGUGGUUAGAAAGAAGACAAAAUAAAAUUUACCACCUUAACCAUUUUUAAGUGUAUAGUUCACUAGUGUUAGUUAUAUUUAUGUUGUAUAGCUCUUCAAGUAUUUUAUAAAACAGCAUUGCUGCUCUCUUCCUUUUGUGUUAUUUAUGUUGCUAAGUUAACAUUGCGUUAACACUUUCCAAUUGAUAUGCUUAAGCAUCUCCAGAGAAUUUUCCUAAAAGUGAAAAGGUGUUGAGGAAUCCCCAAAUUGUUGAUCGAAUAGGUAACUUCUGAAAGGGAUUUAGAUUUGGCAGUUGAUUGGGAUUGUCAGAAUGCAGUAAAAUGGAAACAGCUUUUAGCUAUAGAUCAUUCAGUUUCUUGACUGCAGAAGAAACAAUAACCUUGUUUAAAAUCUUCCUCUGGCAUACUUGAAUGUGAUGGUGUUAUAAAACUUAGAAUGGGGACUAGUUCUAGGGAGACAACCCCAAUAGUGUAUGGAACUCACAGUUAGAUGAUAAGUUUUCAUACUGUGCCUGCCAUGUGCAGAGCCUGCCACAAAAAUUCUCCAUUAGGCGAACCUGUCUAAAUGCUCUAGGUUUUCAGGAAGCUUUGGGAUAAUUGCAAAUUUAAUGAUUUGGUAUUCUCAAAAGGGAUGCGACUAAUGAUCCUUUUUCUUCAAAAUGUUUUUCUCAACAUAAAAUAUAUGUGAAGACAAUAUGAUUUCUUGCAGUUAUUGUGUACAGAGAAAAGGUUUCCAUUGUUAUAUGAAGUGCCUUUUUAAAUUUCAGCCUAUUGUUUAAAACUUAACAUUUUGAUGUCUUGCAUAUGUUGCUGAUGGUAUUUAUGUGAGUUCUGUACAGUUUUUUUAAAUCUUAGUUUAUUCAUCAUCUGUACAAUUGCACUAUCUAAAUGUACUCUCCUUCUGAAUGUUAAUGUUUUCUUUAUAGCACUGUUAACCCAUUUCAGAAGGUUAUAGAGUAUGCCCCUUCCCCUUUAUUUAAGUAACAUUAUAGUAGUUCAUUUUGGUUAUUAGUGAUUGGCUCAGUUUCCUGGGCAUUAAGGCAGCUUUGUUUUCUUUCUGCAGCUUCUAGGUUUUCUGAUUGAGUCAUUUGUCUCAUAUCUAACCUUGUUCAAAGCCAUGGUAACACAGCUUAUAUUUGAUAAGUGGAAGUGUUUACUUGGCAAGAAGAAACAAGGACAUUAGGAAAAGCAGUAGAUUUCCUGACACUUUAUCCUUUGUUUUUAGAUGGUGUGACAACUUCCUUAUCAGUAUAAUUGCAUUUAAACUUUUUUUUUUAAACUGUGUGGCAGCUUCUUUAUAAUUCCAUUUAUUUAGCCCUCAAAAUGACAUUUUGAGGGGAGCAUAAAAUCUUUCAGGAUACCUGGAUACUAUUUAGUAAUUACAUUAGUACUAUACUAAUAAUUUACUGAAUGAUACCUAAGUGACCUGAUUGAUAAUGUUCUUAAGGGUCCAAUAUAUCCAGUAUAACCUCUCAGGUACUAAAAACAAGGAGGUUGAAAUAGACACAAUCCAGAAUCCCUUCUAGCUAUAAAAUAGGAUACAGAGUUAAGUGGCAUGAAUAAGUAGACUUAAAUGCCACAUUCACUAUUCUUGAGGCUGUAACUUAGUGGGAUUCUGAUGAAGGUUAGAAAUCAUGGACUAAGUCUUUGUAGGAAUAGUUUAAAGGUUGCAAUAAGUAAAAACUUUUUUUUUUUAACAUGAGGCAUAUUUCGCCCCAGAUUUGCACUGUUUAGGUUCCUUGUGUUUGAAAUUUGCCAUUCUUAAUGUUAGUGGUAGUCCAGUGAUUGAUUGUGAUAACUGUACAUCUUAUGCAUGCCAUUCUGUUGGCCAGGUCCAUUCUGUGUAGUUUUCAUUUGUGGAUACACAAACCAAUCAGUUCUUCCACUUUUCACUUAAAAUAUAUAAGUGGAAGUUAUCAUUUAACCGAUAAUGAUCACUUUUGAAUGCAAAUCUUUUAGUUAUUUUUCCAGAAAUAACAAGUUUUGUAAGCCAUUAAAAAAUUAUUUUAUGAAAUUUCCCUUCCUGGAUGAAUGUUGAAAAUAUUGUUUUAUUCUUUUUUUCUUAUUGACUAGCAGGAUAAUAUUUUUGUACUACCUUUGUCUUUUUUUGUUGAUUGACUUUAUAGUAAUGAAAACUUUUGUAUAGUCGUGUUUGGUACCAUUGAGUUAUCUUAUUACUGGAAGUUAUAUUUGCUUCCAGUGGAAUAUAUCUGGAAGUGAUCACAGUCCAACCAUGUCCUUUUGAUGUUAUUGUAUCAGUUAUUUCGUUCUUUAUUUGAUCUUCUCCUUUAUGUAGCACCUCUUUCUAAAAGGAUGUCAGAUCUCCCCCUAAUCUCUUUGAUGUAGAUUAUAUUUUUUAUUCUCCCAGUAUUUACUAGCCAGUAUUUUGAUGUGGCUUUGUAUUUGUAUACUUAAAUACAAUGCCUUCAGCAUUAUUGUAAGAGAUUUUCUAAUUUUCUCUUUUAAUGUCCUUUUUUAAAAAAAGUAGCCAGUCCAGUCUCUGGAACUAUUAUUUUCUGGCUAUUAAACUUUCAUCAGUUUCUAAUGCCUUCUCAUUUAAUAGUAGUAUUUUCUCAUUUUGCAUAGUUUUUACACUAUUAUUACGUAUAGUUUACAGUUAAUUGCAUCUUCACAUGAAAAUGUUAAGCCCAUACCAUGGAGUUAUAGAACAGCUCUGACACACAGUGUAUCUUAAAGUUAACUACUUUUUCUCUAGGUCUUAAGGGCUUUACUUGUUUUAUUGAGAUAAAUGUCUAUUUCAAAUGGUCUCUUGGAUUUUCUGAUGCCUUGUUGAGAAUUCAACAAGAAUUCUCAGGUCGUCUGUACUUUCUUUAAGGACUUUGGAGAUCUCUCAAGUUGUAUUGAGUUUUCUAAUAAUCCUAAGUAUAUUCUUUGGUAGAAGUGAAAGUAAAUGCUUUAUAUCUAGUGAUAUUUUAAAUUUCUCCUUUGAUCUUAAAUGCUUCAAGUGUUACUAUUAGUUCUGUUAGUAGUCUUUUUAUAAGACCUACUUUGCUAUGCUAUUUUUUUUCCCAUGAGCUAUCUAUCAUAUGUUUUCUGUUUUCUUUCAUUGUCCAUAAGAGUAGCUCUAUCACGUCAUUCACUUUUAAGGGCUGCAGUAAGAAAUCUUGUUAACUCCCACUUUAUCUGUGAUGGCUGUUUCACACUAUUUAGUGUGCAUUUAACACUAAUAUACUAUAAGAAUUAUCAUGUUUGUGGUCCCUUUUAUCUAUACCACUUAUAGUUUGUAGGGCAACAAUGAUGUAGAUGAUUGGGGGGAAACAUUUUCCAAGUCACUAAACAGUCUCCAGUUUUCAGUUACAUUUUUGGGAACAUAUUUGAUUACAUUAAACAUCCUUCUGUUAGGUGUGCAGUCCAUUCCUUUCUGCCUUGGUUCAAGUAUAGUCAGUUUUGUAUUCGCCUCAUUUAGACUCAUAGCAAGAGUUGCAGGCACGUUGGUCUUUGUCUGAUGGCUUAUAACAAUUCCUAUUUACGUUUAGCAAAAAUCUAUUUUGAGAUCUUGAAAGCACCUUGAUAGCCUUGAGUCUAUUGUCUUCUUACCUUGGAAGCAAGUAGAGGAGAAAAUUUUCAUUUUUAGAGCUUACAUUUACUAGGCUAUGUGCUAACAGUUACAAGGCAUUCUUGAGGAAGAAAUUCACCCUUAUUUUGCAGAGGAAAUGAAGCAUCAUUAAGCACCUUAUUCAAGUGGUGGAACCUGGCUUUGAAUAUAGACUCUGCCUCCACAGUCUCAGUUCAGCAUUAACACUAAUGCUUCCUCUAUAUAUUUUUCAAGGCUCUGCUAAAGUGUUAACUUUUCUGAUGAGCUAAUUUGACAUUUACUAAUCUUUUUCUUCCCUAAACUUUGUAUUUAUGGUUGUACUCUCAUCCCUUAGUAUUUGAUGUCUUAAUAUUAACUAAUUCCUGGUCAUUUCAUCUGUCAGACGAGAAACCCUAAUGUCUUAGUUUUCCCAUUGAGAUUUUACUAUGUGGGACUAAGAUUGUUUUUGAUGUGUGGUCAUUGACUUGUUUCAUAUAUUCCAUUCAUUUUUGGCAGUGAUCAUUUUAGUCAUGGUUCUUUUUGCUUGUUUUUUUUCCGCAUACCUUUUUUGUUGGAUCUGUUUUGUUUCAGAUACACACUUAAAAUUUAUUUUUGUUGUUGUUGUUGUUGUUGUUGUUGGCAUCUUUAGAAUAUUGGCUAGGAGGGAAGGUGGGAUGUUGCAAAGGACAUGGUAUUUAAAUUCAAAGACCUUGAUCUGAGUAUUAUUAAGUCAUUUAUUUUCUGAGCCUUAGUUUUCCUACUCUCAAAUGAGGUAAUGCACGGAAGUACUUUGAAAACUUAAAAAUCCAGUAUAGAUUUCUUUUAUAGUUGUGCUGUUUCUACACACGUUUGUAGAUAUAACUGUGGGAUGGUAUUGGGUAUAAGUACAGAUACAUUUUAAGAUGUAUAUUUAAGAGCAUGUAGUAGUUCAUGUUAUCAGAUCAUGUUCCCCUUGUUUACAGUUUUUUAAGGCUCAACCAUUAAGCUAUAUUGCAAGCCCAUCAAUGGACUAAGUCAUUGAAAGGCAUAUUUAAAGUAAAAUAGUCUCUUUUUUUCAAGUGCAAACUAAGAAAUGCUCAUGAUAAUAAGAAAUAAAAGAAUGUAGAAUGAAGAGCUAGGAUAUGUAGGUACGUGUAUACAGUUUUUGAUGGAUGCUGUUUUGUCACUUUGUGUCUAUGUUGGCAACAAUCUUUUAUCAUCAUUAUCGAUAUUUAUGUGCAGGCAGACACUGAGGAAGGUCUGGGGGUACUGGGAGUUCGUAAGAGUUGGUAUAUUCUCUUAAGGAAAUACCAACACAAGGUAAUUGUCCUGUUUAGAGGAAUGCCUGUGAUGAGGUUGGAACAAAAGAGGGGGCCCAUCUAGAGGGAUCAAGGAAGCUUUUCUUACUUAGCAAAUACUUGAGCUGCAGUUUGGAACAUGAUUAGAGAAGAGACAGUUGGACUAAUGGAGAAUCAGGAGCCAGGCAUUGAGAUGAAACCGCGAAUACAAAGGCAUGUGGAACAUCCUGUCUGGUUUCAGAAUUGUAAGGAACAGCAUUUAUGGAGCACAAUUGAGAUGAGGCUGAAGAGAGAGGAUAAAUUAUCCAUGAAAAUGUACUGGCUCCUACCUAUUCAAAGUGUACCAAGUUUGUAUCGCCAUUACUUGUAAGGUUAUAGAAGUAGUCUGUCUGUUCUAGAGUUCACUUUGUACCAUAGUCACCUGUGGACAUCUAGAACAAUUCUUUUUCUUCCCUGAACUGAGCCAAAGGAGGAUUAUUGGUCAGUGCACCCCCAGCCCUAGGGAUAGACAGCUCAAGCAGUGAAAAAGAAUUGAGGCACUAGUAGAGAACACCUUUGAAGAUGAGCAGGAUGAUGACACUGACGUGGAAUGUUACAUUAUGGGUAUACAGUUGCAUACUUCAGGACCUCCUGUUGAUUGGCAUUGUGUCCUUAGCGUAGCUAACUGUGGCUAAUCUUCCUGUACUUUGACUUAUAGAUAAUUUGAGGGUGGAUUUGGGGAAAAAGAAGAUAUUUCUAAAAAUGUUGCUUCAUUGGAGUUUGGAGGUGUUGUACUGAAGAAAGACCUGUGAACCUUGUGCCAGUGUUCCCUCCAGCAGCACCCAAAACACAUUUUGUCAACUUCCUGUUGUUUUUUUCUUUCAUUUGAGUUUCUUUUCUUGCUUUUGUUGCCACUUUGUCACUUUUUCUCUUUUCAUAAUUCAUCCUUUUUCUUUCUGUGCCAGAGGUAUAGCAGUGGCACUCAGGGUUAAAGCUAUAACUCCCCCUUUCUAGCUUCAGAGGUAUUUUAAAAUUUCGCAAGUUCCAAAGUUGUUUUUGUUUGCGGUCAUAUGCUGAAGGAGAAUCAAAGUCAUUCUUCCCAGGAGGGGUUUUUAUAAGUAUAGAUAUUGGCAGUUUACCCAAAAGACAGUACAGGAGGAAGAAUCUUAACACGUUUGGUGGUACUAGCCUUCUUAAAUGAAUAAAGUACUUUACAGUAUGGGGUAUAUCUAUGUAUGUUUUUAAGUUUGCUCAUAUAAAUCAGAUGUUCUGUGUACUUUGUAAACAAUAACCAGUUGGGGGUGGGAAGAUGAUUGCUUUGUACAAAAGGGUUGUUUCCUGGUUCCAAAGCUUUGCUGCUGGAGAUGGUAAAUAAAUAUUGUACUGCUUUGCUGUGCUUA